AUGAGCGGCUUUCCCAUCCUCGCGGCGCCGACGCCGCGCCUUUCCGUCCCGAGCCGACAGUACUACCGUUCCGCGUCUGGGUCCCCUACGCGUCAACACUUUCAACAACAUGUCGACGACCUCAUCUCACAGUUGACUCCGGCGACGGCUGUGUCGGCACUGCGGUUCCCCACGGGGCCUUUGAAGGCUUGCUUAGACACUGCCACGGCUACAGAACAGUCAUUUGCAAUGCAUGCCGCGCUGGCCGCGAGCAGCAUACAAGAAUGGCUUGAUGAGUUGACUGACUGGCCAUGGCCGGCGGGUGGAGGCUCCGGGGGCUUCGAAGAGCCGGUUCAUCGGGGUGGAAAGCUGUUCACAUCAACGUCGCCAGCAUCCUCCCCGCCUAUAUCGCAGUCGUCACCUAUCACACCGGAGAGACAGGUCCUGCGUGCCGCGAAUGAGACAUCCGAUGUGAACAUUGGACGGUCCUGGAUGGGCAGUCUACGAGCUGCAGAUGUGACCUUGUACGGAGAAAGAAUUACUGAGAUUGGGCACGAAAUCGACGACCUCGAAGUCGAAGACAUGAAGCAGCAUGUUCUGCAUCACCAUAUCCUACCCCUGUCGCCGCCCGGUACACCCUCAAUAGGAGGACAGCCGCACUCUUCGUCCGUAUCGACUACAACUUUUACAAAACUGGAUGACCUAUCCGCCGUUGUCACCGCCAUAGUGCUCCAGACUCUGCCUUUGCUUUCCAAACUGGUGCGGUUGUUGGACGUAUGGCGCAUUCGCUUGCUAGUCCUGAACAGGAUCCCUUCGUUCCUUGCCUCUCUUUCCGCUGCUGAGGUGGCUAUCCAGUCGGCCUGGAAUGCAGUUUACCCAGACAGCAAAGAUAGCAGACCGAGUCAGCUCGUGAACCUGGUCGAUGGCCCAACAUUAACGCCACAGGAGUUUGCUAUUAUGAAGUCGGUCGUGGAAGGAAAGGUGUCCAAGGCGGCUCGAACAACAGACUUUAUGUUGGAUGCUCUGGACGGUUUGGAAGAUACCAUCCCAGAGCAGUGGAUUGAUCGUAUCGAUGCCGCCGAACGCGACUACAGCGAAUGGGUUGCUCUCUGCGAACGCAAAAUUCGGGAAGCCGACUGGAAGACAAUUACGGCAAAGCGACCAACCCUGUUGCCACCGGUGCCAAUAGACAAUGCUCCCCCUCUCGCAGCUGGUUCGACAACUCCUGAUGAUGGAGCUCCGAAUGUCAGAAAUGUGUUCCCGAUUCUGCCGCAAACACCACCUCUGGCCUUGUCCGCACGUAGUUCUCUAGAAUCGCUGCGGUACGAACCACAGCUCCCUUCGUUCCAUUUAGCCAAAGCCCACCACGACAACGACAUGGAACUUGAUUCGCCUACCGCAUCUGUCAUCCACAUAACAUCUAAUGCACUACUCCCGAGUGACACUGAUCUGGCCAGUGAUGCUCCAGUUUCUCGAAGCUAUUCUGACAACGCCGCGAGGGAUAUUCCUGACCUAGGAGAACCGUCUGAGAUUGCCGAGACCGAGAAUCUUGGAGACCGCCAGGUCUCCGAUGCCAGCCCUUCCAGCUCGCCGCCCGAUUUUAGGGCUAGCAUUCGGUCUACCGUCACGUUCAAUGAUAUGCCGACCGUUGCAGAAAUUCCUGGCGAGGAGAGCCCAACGAACCCGAAAAUGCCGGUUGACUCUUCUUUCGUGUUUGAAGAUAUCGUGAACGAUGAUUCAGAGCUGCCCCAAGGGAUGCCGUCCUAUUUGGAGAGCCCUGGCAGUCCUGACAGCCCAGCGAGUGUUAGCAGCCGGCGGAUGAGCGUCAGUAGUGAGGACGACCAGCUCCAGCAGCAGAUCAGCGAGAUCCUAGAAUCGAUUCCGGCUAAGAUCCACCUCUCAUCACAGCCCUCUCCUUCGUUUAGUCACCUUAACCCGCCUGACUUUAAGCUGCCCCGGAAACCAAAGGCACCUGCGGAUAACGCACGAAGCUUGUCUAGCAUGUCGUCCCGGUCUUUGACGCCGUCUUUCCUCCUUGCACCUGCCUACUCACGUAACCCACGGCCGCGCCAGCAAAAAGGCAAUCAAGAAAUCAAGCUGUACCACCUCUCACGGUCAACGGGCGAGGCACCGAUAAAGCUGUUUAUCCGCCUCGUCGGCGAUAACGGAGAGCGUGUCAUGGUGCGCGUGGGCGGCGGUUGGGCGGAUCUGACGGAAUACCUGAAGGAGUAUGCGAGCCACCACAGCCGACGCUCAAAGAAUGGCGGCGAGAGCAAGAUCGAGAUCCGCGACCUGCCACUGUCAUCGUCGGUCGCGGCGUCUCUGAACAGCCGUGUUGGGUCGAGCCCUCCGAGCCGACCCGGCUCGGCACUUGAUUCGCCGGCGGCGAUGGCCCCGCUCAAUAUUCGCAAAACAAGAAGGGCCACUCCAACUUCCAUGGGCGACGAGAGCAUCGCAAGUAUCAAAAAUGAAAGCGGCGUCCCCACCAGAAACCCGCGGACGCCCCUGGCAUCCAUGAGCAAGCCAUCAAACGCCACGCCACCUUCGGACGCGUCAUCACGUUCGCGGUCUAGCUCACGGUUGAGCUGGACGGAAGAGGACAGCUCACUGGGCAUGUCGGGACCACGCGCCAAAAAUAUCGAGAUGAGCGAGGAGAGCAAAGCAUGGGUCGAGAGCGUCAAGGAACGCGUGCGUAUUGCAAGUGGCGAGCGCCGGAUCUCGGACCAACUCGAGGGCAAAUUCGGGGAGAUAGGCAAGGUGGGCGGGACCAAGCGGCUGUUCCGUAAAGGUCCCACAGGGAAGGGAUUCAGCGACAAGUCGUAA